AUGACUGGGCUGUCCGGAGCCAACGGCAAAUCUCGCCAGAUGUUCAAUAUCUCUAAAACCUACCCUCAAACUACACCACCGAACUACCAAGAAUUUUCUGAACUACAGAAUUACGAUGAGGGCCAGUCUAUCGAUAGCGGACUUUACCAGGCUGCCACCAGUAUCGUCGGUGGUGAUGCUAGAUACAUUCGAAGUUUCACCACCACGAAAAAUUUCUGGCCAAAUCAACCUGCCAUUUCAGGCUUCCCUUUGGUCGCCUCUGGCCAUUCUGCAUCCCCUUCCAAAGUUGGGGCAAUUUUGACAUCUGAUCCCGGCGCCUCGACUUUUACGUCCAUUGCUAAUGUAGACCACGGGACUCACGCCCGCAUCAAACCGUCGCACCUCUUGAGCGGAGACGAUUCCGCCCCCGCCAACCCUGGCCGCGUCGUGCCGCGCGACAGAACCUUUGGGAGGCCUCAGGACCUCGUACGCCACCGCAAUUCAGUCCACGAACUCACGAAGCCUUUAUGGUGCUCAAUACCAAACUGCAACCGUAGCGAGAGCUUUCCCCGCCCAAAACGUCCCUUCUCGAGGAAGGAUAAACUCACCUCGCAUGUGAGAAACAUGCAUUAUGCUGCCUUUGAUUAUUCUAUUAUGUCUGUUGUGCAGGCUGGUAUGGGUGUUGGGGAUAGUGGAAAUGUAGGUACAGAGUGGGUAUCUGGUGGAAGUGGAGUCAAGACUACCAACAGAUCCUACGGCGUUGGGGCGUCUUCGGAUCUAGAUGACUAUACUCAGAGCAAUGAUCUUGCGGACUACGUCGAUCCUAUUGGCGACUGUGAGCCUUUAGAUCUUCCUAGUGUAAGUACCACUGGCUGGUUCAACGAUAUCGAUGGCGUUAAGGGCUUCGAUGCUUUGACCGCAGCUGAUGGGAUUCCUGAAGAACAAGGCAUCUCCGGCGAGGACAUGCUCUUUUCUAGCAACGUUUAUGUAGACACAUUGUAA